GUGUGUGGAGUAGACAUUUUUUCCUGUGGUCUACAAAAAGAAAUUAUAAAGGCCUACGGUGUCGCGGGACAGAUAUACAGGAAAGAGGGAUGGAGAAGGUGAAGACUAAAGAUUCAGUUUCAGAGCCCGGUAGAAGAGGGAAAGGACAUGACAAUACCAGGCUUGUGGAGAGCAUUAAUGGUAAACACAAACUACCAGAAACUUCCAUGGAAACAAAUUUUUCAGAAGCUUCUAGUGUAACUUCACCUCAACAUAUUAAAGGUAAAGGAAAGAAAGUGUGGUUUGAGAACAGUCCUGAGGACAGUAAUAAUGGCCAGUACCAACCAAAACCCUCCACAAAAAGAACAGCUUCAGAAGCCUCUGGUUCCACUCUUCCCACUCAUAGUCAAAGUAAAAGAAGAAACGGCCGCGGCAAUACCAGGCCCGUGGAGAGCAAUGAUGGUAAACACAAACCAGAAACCUCCACGGAAAAAACAGCCUCAGAAGGGUCUGGUGCACUUCCACCUAAUCGUAAUGAAGGUGGAGGAAGGAAAGCAAACGACCAAUCAAAUCCUGUGGAAAGCAGAGAUAUUCAGCUCCAAGCACAAACCUCAGUAUCCUCUGGCGUUACUUUACCUUCUCGUAGUAAAGAGAUUGUAUUUGCCAUUGACUCUUCAUCAGAUGUUACUGAGAAGGAAUUUGCGGCGCAAAUGGACUUUGUUCUGUUGUUGAAAGAGCAGUUAAAUGUUACAAGAAGCGCGUUGAUUGCAUAUGGAGACAGUGUCGAGACACUGAUUCAACCCUCAGAAGACUUUUAUGUAAAAUGGAAGGAACUGCAAAAAAAGAAAAAGCCCUCUUUUCCUAGCAGAGGUAGAAGAAUGGACUUAGCUCUUACUAACGCGAAAAAAGAAUUUUCACUUCAAAAUGGAGCUGGAAAUGUCAACCAUUUUUACGAAGAAAGAGAACGCUAUCUACUGUUGAUAACAUCUGGAGAGCAAGCUCGGGAAAGCGUUAGAGAGGAGACGUCGUCGGUUCUUUCCUCUGCCGCUGAGUCACUCCAAGAGGAAAGCGUUAAAAUUGUCGUCAUUGCUGUUGGAGAUGCUGUCCGUUUUCCUGAGCUUGUGAAUUUAAUUGAACGUCCCUAUCACUUGUUCUGGCUCCUAUCUUUCAGUGACCCGGCAAAAGUCGAAAUUAUUGCAGAAGAAAUCGAAAAGACUUCAGAUAUUUUAACUUAUACAAUGCAGAAAGCAGAGGUAUUUGAUGACUAUGAUCCUGGAUGGGACCUUGGAGAGAGAAUUAUUGAAAGCCUAGAUGUUUUAGAGGGUGCCUUGAAUAAAGUGUGUUCGACGAAGAAACCCAAGCGAGGAGGUGAUGGAAAGAACGUAACUAUUGUAGGUAAAGCCAGAAAGAGAAUCUAUGAAAGUUUAAAUGACUUUCAUAGGUCAGCAAUCUUAGACAGUAAUUUAACGGUUACCAUUGCUGCUUUUGGUACCGAAGGUGUCGGGAAAAGCUCUCUCUUUAACUUCCUUUUGACUCAAGGGGUCCCUCAGGGCAAUGUUACUAACUUAUUUAGCAGGCUCAGAGAUGGACCUCUACCAUCAGGGGAAGGUGUUAGACAGACAAGUUUGCCCGUUUAUGUUAAAAAUGCUAAAAGCAUGCGAGUGCUCAUCCACAAAGAAGGCAAAGCUGAAGUAUGCUGUCCUGAACUGGGAUGCGACGAUAGAGAGAGGAAUGCCGUUCCCAUCGUUGAAAGCAUUGGGUCGGUAAGAGAGUGCAUCAAGCGCAACUUUCCGAAUUGGAUGGAGGAGGAAGCAUCUUACCUUGAGUUGGAGGGCCCAUUUCCCAUCUUUCAAGAUUUAGGAGUGAGAAAAACAACGGAUCGCGGCCACCUUGAAUUGUUGGUUGAUGUGCAGCUUGUGGAUUUGCCAGGGCUCCGCGGUGAAGAGAAAGGGGACAAGAUCCUUACCACCGAACUAAACAAGGCCGACAUAAUCUUGUUCUUCACCAGUGGCCAACAAGGACGAGAAGUUACAUCGCAUGACCUCGCAAAUAUUUUUCGGCAGCAUGGACAGUUCGACACCUCAUCUAGGCCAAGACUAGUUCAUGUUGUAAAGGCUAAAGAGUCUGACGAGGCUGAGAGACUACUCCGCGAGAAUAGAAAAGCUCUCGAAGAUGCUUGGUCAGUUUUCUUUGGCGAUGAUGAAAGCAAUGAAUGCUUCAGGGCAGCCUGGGAGAAACUUCCCCAGCUAGGUGGAGAAGAACUACUGAAGCAGCUUAAAGAUGAAAGCGAGGUACUUGUAUUUCAUCCAGAAGACAAAUCUUUUGUAAAGAACUUGAAAAAGGUAAUCAGCAGUCACGUUGAAAACGUAACCAUCAAAAAGUCUUUUCACCCAUCUCUUAAGAAAGUUCAUAAGCUUGCGAAAGAGCUCAAAAAAGUAUUUCCUCAAAGUGGGGCAAAGGCUAAGGAGCCACAGCAAAUUAAAUUACACCAUCCCCCUCCCCUAGAGAUAUCAUCUUAUGACAAGGAUGAAGAAGGUUUUAUUGAGUUGUGUCUUCGCUCUCAAAACUUCACUCAGCAUGACAACCUCGAGGAAUUCUUCAAAGGGUUUCUGCAUAAAAUUGAAACCAUCCGAUUUGUCAAACAACGAAUAGAGGUUUCCCUUUUAGAUUUCAGUGAACGGGUCAUCACUUUAGUUGAGGAGUAUUGGAAUUCUAAAUCAAUGGCGAUCACGAGUGGCCUCAAAGAACUUGUGGAGGUUUUCUGCCAAGGCAAAAUAGAACGUUUUUGCGCGCAUAGAUAUGAAACCCUCUACUUCUCGAUUGCGAAAACUUGGAAACCAACAAAAGCUCAACAGAAGAAAUGGCAAACCUCAACCAACGAGAUGAGAGAAACUAUGCUUAAACAAUUAUUGGAAGCUCUUAUUGACAAAGUCUUCAGAAAGCGUGGUAAAGAAGCAGAUAGUACACCUUCAAAGGUAAGUGACUCAUUGAUGGCUCGGGCCCAAGAUCUGUUUGCUAUUACAUUCUUAAAUAACGUAGAUGUUAUUUCAAAGAUUGCCCUAAAAAAGAUCAUUAAUUUCUCGAGAGAGGCAAUUCGUAAGCAUAAUCCACACUUUGACCUAUCCAGCCUUGACUCCUACGAUCAUACCAAAGCUUUCCCCGAAGAAAUGAGAAUGCGUUCUAAAGACAAGUUAAAGAUCACAACAGAAUCUUCCCAUAAAAAUAUUGUUGGAGCGCUGCUUUCAUCGUCUGAGAAAGUUGACCUUGUUCAGGAACUCGAAAAAAAAUUAAAGCUCGACAAAAGUGCCCUCGCUCCUCCCAGAAGCGACCAAAAGGUGACUAAGGAAAAGUGGCUGUCAGCUCUACUUACCGUCCUUAGUGAUCAGGAUCAUUUUGAUGUUCCCCUUGAUGAUCAGUUUAAAUUAAAUGACGACAGAGAUUCACUACUUUUGAAUGUCGCUAGAAAGCGCCUCUUUGCCUUCCAAAAGUCACGUGUCAAAUGUGAAAUAGUGGAAGAAAACUCCAUUCCUGGAGGAGAAAUUCACGUAGAAAAGCAUGGACAGUUUCAAAAUUUCCUCGCAGCUUUAAUGUCCACUACAACAAGGCAACUCAUAGACAACAUCAACAAGAGCUUUACUAAUUGCCAGGUCCAACUGGCACCCAUUUUCAUUCCAACCAUACGCCCUGGGCCACAGCGUUCAAGGACAGGAAACUACUUUUUGCAAGAGAAUCCUUGGGAUGCGAGCGAGGACGAAACGCCUAAAGAAGAAAAAAGUGAAGGCAAGCUGGAAUUUAACAUUUUUCUAGUGGUGGAAAAGAGACAUCUGAAAACAAUUAAGUCGACUGUGGCUAAGAAGACACUGCCAUCGGACAGGGUAAUAAAUUUAACCUACGUUGUGUUGCCAGGAAAUGGGCGUGGAAUUGGCGUGGCAAGAGCGGUAAUCAAAAGUCUGGCCGAAUGCUUCAAAUUUGACAUUUACUGGACAAUCGAUGAUGACAUAAAAUUUAUGUACCAAUUCAACGAGGAUAACCGCAAAUGGCUGAAGUGUACGUUUGGUAGAGGACUACUGUUCGGUCAGCGAGUGUUCCACCACUGUCGGCAAACAACCUUCAAGCAGCCUUCCGAAGAGGCCGUGUGGGAUCUUCGCGAUGAAAUUGAGGAGCUUUGGCCUGAGUGGGCCAAAAAGUCAAAAACAUUCAGAGAAGCCAAAAAGCUACUUUUUGAUGAAAAUUUAAAGAAAAUAAGGGAUAGCCCAGGUCUCUUAAACUCUCCGUUCACCACUGAGAACUUAUCGGUAGAUUGUGAGGGGAGAGAGGAGAGGAAUGAUGAACUCCAAGGAACUCAGAAAGAGUUUGUAAAGAAAUGCAGGACCCUCUUAUUUGAUGAAGCAAUCAACCACAUUGCCGGUGUUUCGAUCGCCCACAAAGCUUCACAGAGGUCUGAUAACAUGGGUGUGUACCCAAAUGCUCAUUUCAUGCCAAGCAAACAGCGUUACCAAGUCGUUCUUCAUAACACAUGUGCUUUAAGGGAGGUGAACUAUGUCACGGACGACAUGAUUUUCCAUGAGGAUGAACAGCAACUCCUAAACGCAAACUGCCGCAACACUCCUUACUGGGGAAUUAGACACUCUGAUAAAUCGUUCUGCCGUGCCCUUGAAGUCAAAGACAUCACAGGAUUUCAGGUGAUCUGUGUAAAUCAUGAACACAACGACAAGUUAUUCAAUGCCUUCGAAAGAAUUGGUCGUUCGUAUGAAGACUCGAGCUCACCCUACGGAAGUGAACUUGAAGAACUUUAAAUCACUCUUGAAAUAACUAAUAACUAAUCUAAUGUUAAGUCUGCGCCGGACAUUGUUUCGGAUUAUUCAAGGUGACUCACUGGAAGAAGUUUGCCAUUUCAAAUUUAGAUAGCGGCACUCUUUGAAGAUCGUUUUCUUCGUUUUGUUUUGAUUGAAGUUUAGGUGUUGAAUUGGUGAACCAGCAGAUUUGAAAAAAAAAUUAUUUGGAGAAAAUCUAGGUGUACAACUCUGUUCUUUGAUCUUUCCAUUCAAAAAAGAUCCUGGACAAUGUUCUGAUCCACAACUGAAGUAAGUCAGUAGGAGCCAGCUUGAUUCGCGUUCGAUAAAUGGGGGUAAAAGGUCAAACUUUACCACUGCUGUCACUCAUUGUGUUAUAAUUACAUGCAUCCCAAGCAGGUUAAAAUAAAUUUUAUGAAAACAGCUGGAAAAUAAUUUCGCAGUCGAUCUCGCAAAGGGCUUGACGUUUUCUUGACAAAGAAUAAAUGCUUCAAAAAAAAUCGCCAGCGCUAGCAUCUUCCCGCGAGGGCCUGCCUCUAAGAUACAUAUUAGAGGAUAUUGUAACUUAGGACACCUUGAGGAGCACAAAAUUCUUCACACCAAAUGAUACUUGAGGGUUGAAAGGAAGUUGAGAGGAGUUUGGUAAGAUUUAACUAGGAAUAUCUUUAACGACAUCACUCUCAGUUAUUGUUGGCCUUCUUUGUGACGCAUUGAAUACCAUUAUAUCAGUGAAUGACGGCGCAGUCUCACUUGCAAGUAAGUUUUCGCAGCCUUUGGAUCAUAAAAAUUAUCGUUCAAUGUUUCUGAAUCGAAAUCAGGUCUUAUAACUAAUUCAGUUACAGGUAGCCACAUGAUUUUGUGUGAGAUUUGGAAAAAAUAAGGGCGAGUUUUUCAAGGGCAACAAAUAUUGUACUUGCCUACGGGCUCGAAAAAUUUGUUGCAUUUGAAAAAAUUUACAAGCGCUAAUUUGUCCCAAAUUUCAUAAGAAAUAGCGGGAGACAAUUAAUUUUUGACAGAAAAAAAAUUUUGAGAUGGCUUUUCGUAAUUGUGCAGAAGCAGAGAGCGCAAAAAAUGACCCGUUUUGACAGUGGCAAAUGUUAUUUUGCGUCCGAUGACAGUUGCGUUUUCAAUCAAAACAACAAUUUUUCUAAUGUUUUAUUUUGUUUUGAUUUUUUUAUUAUUUCAUUGCAAAAGGCUUUUAAGGCUGUCUGAACAGGUUGUUACCUUUUUGUAUUAAAAUAAACAUCUUUAGCGUUUAAUCACUUCUUUUCGACAUUGAAAAUCUGUUAUCUGUAAGCUGUAUUCCUUUCAGCUAAUAGGAUUGAAAUAGUUUUUCAUUUGUAUUAUCGCGGCAAUGAUAAUGAGAGCUCACAAAGAAGACUUCAUCUUUUUUACAUUUGUACGUACACAUAACCCGUAGUGCCACCGUACAAGGAUGCUUAAGUAAGUAACAACUCACAUAUGUAAAGCUAAACUAACACCGAGCUGAUAAAUUGUUUAGAUUUACUGUAGUGAGUUCAUUGUUUGAGAAAUCAAUGCAUAAUGGCUACAACCUACAAAGCGAUAGUUUAUCAUAUAUAGUAGAAGUUUUACUUUAGGAAAGUGUGUUGUAGAUUAUAGCUAUGUUUUCUGCUUUGGAUUAGAUAGUCUUUUAUCUUGAUUUUAAACAUAGUCAGUUAACUCAAAAAAAGUCUAGGCUUUCGUACAGCUUAAAUAUUUUAGCAUCUUUUAAUUAGGUUUAUUGUAUUGCUAAGUUUGAUUUACAACUAUUAACUCAGAUAGAAUAAAGCAGAUUUUAACAUGUUACUUAGUACUUUUGGGAAAUAGAGCUCUAUAGCUCUUUUAGUCUGUUUGGAGGAGAGCCACAUGACACGAAAGGGGGUCCUCACAUAACCUCACCUUUCAAAUGCGCCAGCGUGCCUAAACGAUGAAAGGUCGGCCAGAACAGAGUACCAAAUCAUUUUUCAGAGACUCUUUGUUCGUUUGUUUGUUUUAGUCUGUUUUCAUUUGUUUUUUCGUUUUUUAGUUUUGUUUUUGUUUGUUUUUUUUUCUAAUGAACAAGCAAGACCGGUGGACACAAGAGUGAAGACGCUCUUUAUGUAUUUACAACGAAGCUUCUCACAGUGUAUCGACACUUGAUGGUACACUUUACUUGUAGGUCUAACGUGCAAUACUGUAAUAUUGUAAUACUUUGUUCUUGAUACUUGACAAGCACUUGUAUUUGCAAUGUAGAUUAGAUCAUUUUGUUCCGAAUCAUGAAGUAGGCUCUUUAAUUUCCUAAUUUUUUAGCUUGUAGUUUAUUUUAUAUGGCUUUUUAUCUAUGUAAUAUUCUAGUACUUCUUAGACAGUUGAUUGAACCACCUUGCCUGGAAAAUCUGCCAACUGCAUGUCAACUUAUUCUUCAAUUUUGUGAUGAUAUGAAUAAAGUAUAAAUUGUUAAUC